AUGGGUGAGCGUCCUUUUUCAUGUUCAGAGUGCGGGAAAUGUUUCAGUAAGAAAGAACACCUUCUCGUGCACCAGAGAAUUCACACAGGCGAACGCCCUUUUUCGUGUUCAGAGUGCGGGAAAAGUUUCACUCAGAAACAUUACCUUCUUGCACACCAGAGGAGCCACACAGGCGAGCGUCCUUUUUCAUGUUCAGCGUGCGGGAAGUGUUUCGUUCAGCAACAGCACCUUCUCAGGCAUCGGAGAAUUCACACGGGCGAGCGUCCUUUUUCGUGUUCAGAGUGCGGGAAAGAAGACACACGGGGCGAGCGUCCUUUCUCCUGUACAGAAUGCGGGAAAUGUUUCAACGAGAGGGGGAAUCUUCUUAAGCACCAAAGAGUCCACACGGGCGAGCGUCCUUUCUCGUGUUCAGAGUGCGGGAAAUGUUUCUCGCUCCAAGGGAAUCUAAUCAGACAUCAGAAAACUCACACGGGUGAACGUCCCUUUUCAUGUCCAGUUUGCGGGAAAUCUUUCACGGACAAAGGGACACUUAAUAGACACCAGAGAAUUCAUACAGGGGAGCGUCCUUUUUCAUGUUCUGAGUGCGGGAAAUGUUUUAUUCAGAAAAAAACCCUUUUAAGGCACCACAGAGUUCAUACUGGUGAGCGUCCCUAUUCAUGUUCAGAGUGCGGGAAAAGUUUCACUCAAAAAGGAGAGCUUGAUGAACACAAGAGAAGGCACACAGGUGAGCGUCCUUUCGCAUGUUCAGAGUGCGGGAAAAGUUUUGUUAGAGUACAGCACCUUCUUACACACCAGAGAAUCCACACGGGUGAGCGUCCUUUUCCCUGUUCAGAGUGCGGGAAAUGUUUUACUGACAGAAUAGGACUUCGUAUACACCAGAGAAGUCACACCGGUGAACGUCCUUUUUCAUGUACAGAGUGCGGGAAGUGUUUCACCGAGAAAGGAAAACUUCUCAGACACCACAGAAUUCACACGGGUGAGCGUCCUUAUUCCUGUUCUGAGUGCGGGAAAUGUUUCACUCAGAAGCAACACCUUUUUUCGCAUCAGAGGCGCCACAAGGGCGAGCGUCCUUUCUCCUGUACAGAGUGCGGGAAAUGUUUCACCAUGAAAGGAUCCCUUGUUAAACACCAGAAAAUCCACUCGGGUGAGCGUCCUUUCUCAUGUGCAGAGUGCGGGAAACGUUUUGGCUUGAAAGAAGUCCUUCUCAAACACCAGAGGAUUCACACAGGAGAGCGUCCUUUUCCGUGCUCAGAGUGCGGGAAAUGUUUUACGGACAAAGCAACACUACGUAGGCACCAGAGAAGUCACACGGGUGAGCGUCCUUUCUCAUGUUCAGAGUGCAGGAAAUGUUUCACUGAUAAAGGAACGCUUCAUGGACACCAGAGAAUUCACACAGGAGAGCGCCCUUUUUCUUGUUCAGAGUGCGGGAAAAGUUUCCCCUAUCAAAGAAGCCUACUGUUACACCAGAAAACUCACACUGGCGAGCGUCCUUUUUCUUGCUUAGAGUGCGGGAAAAGUUUCCUUACCAAAGAAUAUCUUAUCAUACACCAGAGAAUUCACACGGGCGAGCGUCCUUUCUCAUGUUCAGAGUGCGAAAAAUGUUUCAUUAAGAAACAAGACCUUCUUAAACACCAGAAAAGUCACACGGGCGAGCGCCCUUUUCCUUGCUCGGAGUGCGGGAAAUGUUUCACUACCAAGAGAUACCUUGUUCAGCACCAGAGAAUUCACACGGAUGAGCGUCCUUUUCCAUGUUCGGAGUGCGGAAAAUGUUUUAUUUCUAAACAAAAACUUAUUGUCCACCGGACCAUUCACACAGUCGAGCGUACUUUUUCCUGUUCGGAGUGCGGGAAAUGUUUCACUACGAAAAGAUACCUUGUUCAGCACCAAAGAAUUCACACGGGGGAGCGCCCUUUUUCGUGUUCAGAUUGCGGGAAAUGUUUCACUCAGAAAAUAAGCCUCCUUAGACACCAGAAAUGUCACCUAGGUGAGCAUCUUGCCCAUGUCCAGAGUGCAGCAAAGGCUUUACGGUCCUAG